AUGGCCAACGCGUCUGCCACCUUCGAUCUACCUCCUCUCCCUAGCUACACCACCUCCGUUCGCGAACCGCUCUUUCCGCCCAUUCCCGAUAACUAUGUUGCCCUCAUCCUGCCCAUUGUCGCUUACUGGGCCAUGUCGAUGAUCUACCACUACCUGGACGUGAACAACUACUUCGAACAGUACCGCCUGCACACACCCGCCGAAUUGUCGAAGCGAAACCGCGUGACCCGGUGGGAAGUGGUGCGCGACGUGGUCUUGCAACAGAUCAUCCAGACUAUUUUCGGUGCAGCCAUGGCGUAUUUUGAUCCCGUGGAGACUUUAGGCCGAGAGGAGUACGAUAUCGCCGUCUGGGCGCAGAGAAUCCGGUUUCUGCAAAAGGCCAUCCCCCCGAUCUUGGCUCUUGUUGGCGUGGACGCCGCUGGUCUGGCCAAGACGGUGUCACAGCACGGACACACGAUGCUGGCUGGUGCUCUAGCCGGUGGAUCGUAUCCGGGCGUGAUGCAGAGUGUGAUUCUUGAUAGUGGCGCCGAGGUCUCGGCGCCCGCAUUUACGGGCUGGGAGUUGACCUUGGCUGGGUUCAUCUACUGGUACUUUGUCCCCGCUCUGCAGUUUAUGCUUGCUGUCUCGAUCGUCGACACUUGGCAGUACUUCCUGCACCGAGCCAUGCACCUGAACCGUUGGCUCUAUGUGACCUUCCACUCUCGUCACCACCGACUCUACGUGCCCUACGCGUUUGGGGCCCUCUAUAACCACCCCGUUGAGGGAUUCCUUCUGGAUACAGCCGGUACUGGCAUUGGAUUCUUGGUCUCUGGCAUGACCAACCGCCAAGCCAUGUGGUUCUUUACCCUUUCGACCAUCAAGACUGUUGACGACCACUGCGGCUACGCCUUCCCCUGGGACCCUCUGCAGCACUUCACUUCUAACAAUGCCGCUUAUCACGACAUCCACCACCAGAGCUGGGGCAUCAAGACCAACUUCUCUCAGCCUUUCUUUAUCUUCUGGGACCGCUUGCUCGGCACACAAUGGACAGGCGAGGUCAAGCUCCGCUACGAGCGGGCUCGUGAGAGCGCCCAGAAGCAGGUUGACGCGGAUGCUGCUCAGGCCAACAAGGUGCCGGCAACACCCGCUGUUGAGGAACGUGAGCACGAACCCGUGGUAGUCUUCUCCGAGGGACCGGCGACGCGGACCCGUCUGCGUCGCAAGACAGUGGACAGUUUAAAGAGACCCAGCCACGGUGUGUCGGGGACCGUCCUGCACAAUUGA